AUGAAAGCUGCCGCGGAAGUCCGGACACUGGCUGGGAAGGCGGAGGGGCUGGGUGUGGGGCUGCAGAAGGUCUUCAGAAGUGACGCUCGGUCAGCGGGGGUCCCAGGGCAUGACCCCGACGACUCUGCAAAGGCAGGUGCUGUGUCCACACUGGCCUGCUACUGCACCAGCUGGUCCCAGUAUCGCCAGGGGGCCGGCAGCUGCUUCCCAGAUGCCAUCGACCCCUUCCUCUGCACCCACAUCACCUACAGCUUUGCCAGCAUCAGCAACAACAAGAUUGACACCUGGGAGUGGAACCAUGUGACCCUGUAUCACACGCUGAACACACUCAAGAACAGGAACCCGGCCCUGAAGACCCUCUUGUCAGUUGGAGGGUGGAACUUCGGUUCUCAAAGAUUUUCCGAAAUAACCUCCAACACCCAGCGUCACAGGACCUUCAUCAGAUCGGUGCCCCCGUUCCUGAGGACACACAGCUUUGAUGGGCUGGACCUCGCCUGGCUCUACCCUGGACGGAGGGACAAGCGGCAUCUCACCACUCUGGUCAAGGCGCUGGUCGGCUCUGGGACGGGCAGGGAGGACUACGCUGCGGGCUACGUGCUAAGGCUGGGGGUCCCUGCGAAAAAGCUGCUGAUGGGCAGCCCCCUUGGGAGGAGCUUCACGCUGGCCUCUUCUGAGACGGGUGUGGGGGCCCCUAGCUCGGGGCCGGGGACACCAGGCCAGUUCACCCAGGAGGCAGGGAUGCUCGCCUACUAUGAGAUCUGCGACUUUCUUCGAGGAGUUCUUUCUGGCCAGCAGGUCCCCUAGGCCACCAAGGGCAACCAGAGGGUGGGGUACGACGACCAGGAGAGCAUCGAAACCAAGGUGUGGUGCCUGAGGAGCAGGGAGCUGUGGGCUUGCGCUGGGGCCACGGUGUGGGCCCUGGACUCGGACAACCUCGGGCCCUUCUGAGGCCAGAACCUGCACUUCCCGCUCACAAGGGCCAUCAAGGCUGCCCUCGAUGUGGCUUAG